UGAGCAGGGCCCUCGCGCCGGCCCCUACCGGCCCAGACCUCCGCAGCCGCCGCCCCACCCCCGAGAGACAUGACUUCCAAACCGCAUUCCGACUGGAUUCCCUACAGUGUCUUAGAUGAUGAGGGCAGCAACCUGAGGCAGCAGAAGCUUGACCGGCAGCGGGCCCUGCUGGAGCAGAAGCAGAAGAAGAAACGCCAGGAGCCCCUGAUGGUGCAGGCCAAUGCCGACGGGCGUCCCCGGAGCCGGCGGGCCCGGCAGUCAGAGGAGCAGGCCCCUCUGGUGGAGUCCUACCUCAGCAGCAGUGGCAGCACCAGCUACCAAGCUCAAGAGGCCGACUCACUUGCCAGUGUGCAGCUGGGAGCCACCCGCCCAACAGCACCAGCCUCAGCCAAGAGAACCAAGUCAGCAGCUGCAUCGGGGGGCCAGGGUGGGGCCUCUAAGAAGGAGAAGAAGGGAAAGCACAAAGGCACCAGCGGGCCAGCAGCACCGGCAGAAGACAAGUCUGAGGCCCAAGGCCCAGUGCAGAUCCUGACUGUGGGCCAGUCGGACCACGACACAGGGGAGACAGCAGCCGGUGGGGGCGCACGGCCCAGCGGGCAGGACCUCCGUGCCACGAUGCAGAGGAAGGGCAUCUCCAGUAGCAUGAGCUUUGACGAGGAAGAGGAGGAUGAGGAUGAGAACAGCUCUGGCUCCUCCCAGCUGAACAGCAACACCCGCCCUAGCUCCGCCACAAGCAGGAAGUCUACCAGGGAGGCAGCCUCGGCCCCCAGCCCAACAGCUCCAGAGCCACCAGUGGAUGUGGAGGUCCAGGAUCUUGAGGAAUUUGCACUCAGGCCGGCCCCCCAGGGCAUCACCAUCAAAUGCCGAAUCACACGGGACAAGAAGGGGAUGGACCGGGGCAUGUACCCCACCUACUUCCUGCACCUGGACCGUGAGGAUGGGAAGAAGGUGUUCCUCCUGGCGGGAAGGAAGAGAAAGAAGAGUAAAACCUCCAAUUACCUCAUCUCUGUGGACCCAACGGACCUGUCUCGAGGAGGGGACAGCUACAUCGGGAAACUGCGGUCCAACCUGAUGGGCACCAAGUUCACCGUUUAUGACAAUGGAGUCAAUCCUCAGAAAGCAUCAUCCUCUACCUUGGAAAGUGGGACCUUGCGUCAGGAGCUGGCAGCUGUAUGCUAUGAGACAAACGUCUUAGGCUUUAAGGGGCCUCGGAAGAUGAGUGUGAUUGUCCCUGGCAUGAACAUGGUCCACGAGAGAGUCUCUAUCCGUCCCCGAAACGAACAUGAGACACUGCUAGCCCGAUGGCAGAAUAAGAACACAGAGAGUAUCAUCGAGCUGCAGAACAAGACCCCUGUCUGGAAUGACGACACACAGUCCUACGUACUCAACUUCCACGGGCGCGUCACACAGGCCUCUGUGAAGAACUUCCAGAUCAUCCAUGGCAAUGACCCGGACUACAUCGUCAUGCAGUUUGGCCGGGUAGCAGAGGAUGUGUUCACCAUGGAUUACAACUACCCGCUGUGUGCACUGCAGGCCUUUGCCAUUGCUCUGUCCAGCUUCGACAGCAAGCUGGCCUGCGAAUAGAGGCUUCCUCGCCUGUUGGGGUUGCCCAGCCCGGAGUGGAGCUUGCCGGCCUACCCGUGGAGACAGCCCUGCCUGCCCUCUGUUCAUAGGCCUUCUGCUAGAUGAAGCUUUGGCCUUCAGCGGGUUCCCCAGCCUAGCCAGCCAGGAACUGACUCCCCUGCCUCUGAUGCUGAGGCAAGGACUAGUGGGUGGGUACGAAGGGAUAAGAGUGAUUCCUUCUGUGCCGAAGAGCAACACACACCCCCACUCUUGCGUUAGUACUCUGCUGCAGUGACGUUUGCCAAGCUGGGUGACCUCCUCAGCUGGGAAGGCCCGCCCGAUGGGCUAUGGAAGGGGAGGAAGCACAAGCAGGGCUGCUGUAGCCCAGCCAUUCACUCAUCCCAGGGGUCAGAAGACAGUGGGUGCCCCACCAGGUUGGGCUCAGUGAAGGAGAAGAACUGGAGGAGGGGAGAAUACAUGGAUAUAUAUGAACACGAAUACGUGCAUACAGGGCACACCAACUUCACGUAGCAAGGGGCUUGGUGUCCUAGCCUGGCCCCUCAAACUGCAGAAAGCCCUGCAACUUCAGAAGGCCUCCUCCAGGCCCACAGGAAGUUGGGGGGUGGAGGGGACAGACGAGUGGCAGGACCUUGCUGGGAUUGCAGGAGCCUGGCUGUCUGUGGCUGUGGGAAUCAGCUGUGGCUGAGAGUUUAGCUGACUUGUUUCUCCAAGUUUGUUCUGUCUCAGGGGCACUGGGAACCCAGCUCUCAUGGCCAAAUGUCUUAGGAUGAGGCCUGCAGGUGGUGCACCAACAGACUCCCCACAGCAGGGCUGUCCUGGAGCCUUGCCUACUGGCCCAGGAGCUCUCUGCCCAGAAGCCCAGCACAACCCCUGGUAACAGAUGAGAUCGAGUCACUGGCCUUCGCUGGAGAUGUACCAUUUGUAAGCCAUGGCAUGCUCAAGGAAGACUCUCCUUCUGGGAGAGACCCAGCUUUGCAUGCUCUCUCAGCUCCCACUGCUGUCAGUCAAAGCGUGGUUGGUGAGGGCUACUUUGUGGUGGUUCUCUGGAGGGGAUGGGACAGGGUAAGGAGAGUACAGAAUAUUUUAGAGCCACAAGAGAUCAGAGGUAGUAGAACCCUGAGGGAGGAUCAACUUGUCACUUUCAGGGAAUAGGACUUGCCUUGGGUUACCUGGUUUGUUAAGGGCAGAGUUCAGAACCUCAAGUUCCCUUGAUUUUAUGUUCCCCCUGCCUCCUAAGAAAGUAGUAUCUCCUGCUCUCUGGCCUUCUGGGGCCUAUUCUGCAUGCAAUUCACCUGGAUUUGAGACUUAAAAACGGUUGAUUUGUAAGACUGAAACCAUUUCAGUAGGGAAUUGGGCAGUUCCUUGUUGGAAGUCGUGUGUCUUUUUGUACAUCAGUCUGACCAGGAUUGGCCUGUGCCUAGCCCCUCCACGAGGGGGCCGAUGGGGGCAGACCUCAGCAAGGCUGCUGCACAUCUCUGUCUAGGAGACAGGAAGCAAAGCUGUUUUGGGGUGGCCUGAUUGCUUCCUCCACUGCCACUGCUUCUUCUCUUUGGAUGGCACCAUCUGCCUUGCAGGUGUGGGAACUCUCCAAGGACCCUGUUAGGGACUUCUUAGGUCAGAAAUCUAUGGGAAUCAAAUACCGGCUGGACUUUGCUUUAGAGUAGUAAGCUUGAAAAGGCUAGGUAGAAAUUUUUGAAAAACUGAAAAUAAUUUUAAACAUAUUAGUGAGGCACUAUAGGUGAACAAGGUGUUUUGACUUAAGUGGAAGCACUAUGCUCUCAUUUCUUUGUAGUCUAGAUUUCCCUAUGUUGGGUGCUUAAAAGCAAGACAGAUCUGAUUUAGCAGGAUCUGCCCUGAGCCAUGCACCUCUGACACAGGCUUUGUUAACGUGGUCUGGUUUCUAGGACUUUCUAUACUGGGAAAGGCUGGUGUUUCUCUCUCUCUCUUUUUUUUUUUUUUCCUUUUUUUGGUACCGGGGAUCGAACUCGAGACCUUGCGCUUGCAAGGCAGGCGAGGCUGGUGUUUUUCUCUAUGAAAUACCAUGGUGCCAUCCUCCUUUCUGUAGUCCUUUGGCCCUCCUUCCCUAACUCUAAGAAAAGGGGACCUGCUGACAUAAGAGAUGAUGGAAAUAAGAUGAUCUGUAAAGUCUGGUCACCUGUUUCCUGGGUCUGUGAUUUUAAGGUAGAACAAGCUGACUGGUUUCUAGUGAGAGAAGUUCUUAGUGGCAGAGUGGGAAAAUCAGAAGCACAAUGGAAAACUCUUGGCCUCUGCUCUCUGCUUUAACAUUCAGAAAAGGGGGACAACUGGCUGUUUCAGUAGGGUCAGGAAACAGGCUGAGCUGUCUAGCCUGGGUGCGCAGAAGAGUACUCUCAGCACAAAACCCUCUUUUGGACAUUAAGUGACAAGCAAACCAGGUCACAGGCCAGCUCUUUAGACUCCACUCCUGGUGAUGCUGCCUUUCCUUGACCACUGCCUUUCUGGCCACAGGUCCAUGGACUCACAAAGCUGCCAGGGCCUGGAAACCACCUGGGUUCAGCCUCUUGUACAGUAAGAGUUCUUGCCCUUCACACCAUCUGCCUAGAUGGUCCGUGGUUGCACAGUAAAUUGAUGAUGGGAUAAACAUUCUUUAAGAGUGUUGGGCAGCUGGGACCUUAGGCAACUCCCCUGCAACUUGUUCCUGCUCUGUACCCCCAAACUCUACAUUCUCUGCCCCAAACAAGUUCCCCUGCAGAGUGGUGAAGUUGGCGUUCCUAACUCCUUUCCAGGUCUAGCUUUUCUUUCCUUCUGGCUCCAAGGUGCUCUGUGUCCAUGUGUGUGUCUGUAUGUCUGUGUGUUUCUGGGGAAAAGGGCAACCUGCAAACGAUCAGUUGAGGUUUCUGAUGAUAUUUCUGAGGGUGAGUAGGAAAGGUAUAAGGAGGUAAUGAUCAUCUGUGGAUUUGGUCCCUUCAUUUCCUGCUCUGUGAACAGGAGGAUAUUUGGACAACUAGCAGCUCUUUCUUCCACGGUUCUGAGUGAGGGGAAACCAUCCAAGAAAUGUGUUCUUUCAGUUCCCUCUUGGCAUCACCUGAAGAAACUGGUGUGUCACACACAUACCUGUAGAUGAAUCUGAAUAUAUUCUAGUGAUGGUGCCUUAAAAAUCAUGACGUUAGUUCAGGGGAAGCCUGUAAAGCCCAGACCCAUGGUGAGGAUAUGUGUUGAGAGCCAAGGAGUAUGUUAAUGACAGGAUAGGGAAAAACUCUUAGAGCCUACCUUAUUCAGUGACAAGUAGUUUUAAAACUGUAUACGCAGUUUUUUUUUUUCUUUCUGGAAAUAGGAAAUUUGCCUCUAAAUAAAUUUAACCAUUUAUUUAGAAGUAGUCCUAAACUUAACUAGCAAUAGAGGUGAUUACAAAGGAAAAGAUCUGUGCUUUGCUCAGCUGGGGCAUGCAGUGGGGAGAUACUGGGACAGUCACAGCCACAGCUCUGUUAUGCAAGCACAAAUCCUAUUUGUUAGAUGGAUGUCCUAGUGUUCCUUUCUGAGGUAAUCCUGGAAUCUUCUUUUUCCAUAACUCCCUGCCCCAGCAGCAACAUUCUUGUGGGACCUCAGGAUUAUAGGUGGCCUUCAGCGCUGAAUAAAUGUGCUUUCUUGUGGUGUCUAGUCCUGAGACUUGGGCCUGGCUACUCUGGGCCCUGGCUUAGGAAUAGGCUCUUGUUUAAACUUAUGGCCACCUGUCCUUUGUAUCUUGUUUGCAAUUUUCUGUCAUUUGAAGAUAUGCAGGUGAGGGGCAGAAGCACUGGGACAAAUUUGGUUUUUGCAUUUUCCAACCAGGUAUCUUACACAAAGUUCUGCACUUGGUAGCUAUGUGAUUUUGAGCACAUCUAGGUCUGUUUUAAUUGCAAAUGAAGAUGUUGGACUGUCAAUGCUAGCUGUAGGAAUCAGGGUGAGAGUUAAUUCUUGCUUUCAUCACUACAUUCUCAAGCUCAUCACUGUGCCUUCUUUAAGAGACACUGCGCCCCUCACCUCUGUUCUCCUGUGCCUCCUUCCACCUAUCAAGGUCCAGGCAGAGCUGGAAAUGAGGCUGAGGUCUAGAAUUUCCUACUGAACAAUUCAGAAUGGCUUAGAAGGGGAAGCCAACUCUGGCCUCUUCAUUGCUGUAUUUGGUGAGAGGGGGACUUGGUCAGGAUGAGUAACAUUUUUCUUGCUGGGAACACAUAUUUUAGCCAGUUUUCAUAAUGCCUAGAAUGUGUAUGUCUAUUUGCACAAGAUUGUCUUUUCCAAUUUUGGAGUGGUCAGACAUUUUAUUUUUGUUCAAAUUAUCUGGAGUUUUAGACAAACUUGCAAAACUGUGCUUUUAUUAAGUGACUUUUUUGAAUAAACUUUUGGUAUUCUGAAGCAAAUGUAUGUAUUUAUUUAUUGGUAUGUGCAAUGACAAACUUGGUAUUUUCCCAUCUUGACAUUAUGUAUGUUGUAGAAUUUAUUGUCUAAGUACAGACAUGUAUCAACAAAUUAAACUUGAAUUGUUUCAACA